GAGACGCGCCCGAGCAAAAUAUCGAGCCGCAGCCCCGUCCGCGAUUUCGGUCGAAUUUCAGCAAGUUUCGCAUAACAAUGGGAGCUUCAAUCUUUCCGAUUUUCUUCUUCACCGUAGUGUGGGGUGGUGUCGGUAUUUUCCUGCCUCGCAUGGUACCCAACGGACCUAACCAGAGAUUGAUGCAAGUGGUGCUGAUGAUAACGGGAGCGGUGUGCUGGCUUUUCUGGCUCUGCUGCUACAUGGCCCAGAUGAAUCCGCUGAUUGGUCCCAGGCUGUCCAAUAGGACGCUGCUCCUCAUCGCACAACAAUGGGGAAAUCCACUGGAACGGUUUUAGGCCGGUGCAGUGCAAUUCGGAGAGGAUGUUAAAUAUGUAUCGGGUUAAUUUUUCCGAGUAUUUGGAUGAUUACUUUUGAGCUCUCUGAGGCUGCAGAGAUGCGAUACGCGCAGUGUUGUUAUAUAAACCACAUCAUCGUGUACAUUGUGUAUUAUAUUUUAUCGAAAAAUAAAGGAGAUCAGCUGAAGAAUGCAUUUCGGUUUAUGAGCCACGUGAGCUGUGGUUUUAUAGGGUUCAUCUAUGUAUUUAGUUUAGUUAAUAGAAUAUUAUAAAUGCUGAAGUUAAAUUUCCCUCAUAACCAUGACGGUAUAACCCAACAAUGUUAUGAAUAAACAGGUUUA